AUGGAAACGGCCAAAUGUCGAUCGUCCAUCCCCACCGGCCACAAGAGCAAGAUCGCCAGAACAUUCCAGAAGGUCAUGAAUCUCAAGUCCGCCACCAAAGUCGCCUCCAACAACGGCGGCGGCGGCAUCGGAAUCUGCAUCCUCACCAAUCCCAACAGCAAGUUCUCCGACGACAUCCACGCCGACAACAACGCCACCGCCAAGGCCAGGGCCAAGCGCAGCUCCGUCCUCGAGGCGCUCCUCGCCAAGCUCUUCGCCGAGGUCACCUCAAUCAAAGCCGCCUACGCCGAGCUUCAGAUCGCUCAGAAUCCGUACUCCACCGAGGCUAUCCAGGCCGCCGAUCAGUCCGUCGUCGAUGAGCUCAAAACGCUCUCCGAGCUCAAGCGGAGCUUCCUCCGAAACGAGCUCGACCUGAUCUCGCCUCAGGUCACCGUGAUGCUCGCCGAGAUUCAGGAGCAGCAGAGCCUGAUGAAGACCUACGAGAUCACGAUCAAGAAGAUGGAGUCGGAGGCCGAUGCCAAGACCUCGGAGGUCGCGUCGAUGAGGAAGCUUCUGGACGAGUACGCGGCUUUCAAUCGGUCUCUGGAGAAGAAAUUGAACGCCAGCGGGCCGUUGCCGAUGUUCGACAACAUCCAGCUCUCCGUUCUCAAUCCCUCGCAUUUCGUCCAGUGCCUUCACUACUCUCUGAGAUCUAUGCGGAGCUUCGUGAAAUUGAUGAUUCGAGAAAUGGAGUCGGCGCGCUGGGACAUGGACGCCGCCGCUAGGGCGGUGGAGCCGGCGGAAUUAGGAAUUCCAUCGAAGUCGCCGGCAGCGGCGCAGCAGUACCGCUGCUUCGUUUUCGAGUCGUUCGUGGCGAAGACGAUGUUCGAAGGCUUCAAUCAUCCCAAUUUCACGGUUCCGAACGACGAAUCUCCGCCGGAGGGGAAGGAAGAAGGGAAGGAGGAAUACCGCCAGCGGGAGAGCCACUUCAACAAGUUCAAGAAGCUGAAGGCGGUGAACCUGCGGCACUACUUGACGCAGAAUCCGAACUCGUCGCUGGCCAGGUUCACGAGGGGAAAGUAUCUGCUGCUUGUUCACGCGAAAAUGGAGUGCUCGCUGUUUGGGAAUUUGAGCCAGAGGAAAGCCGUAACGUCCGGCGCUUUCCCCGAUUCCCCCUUCUUCAACGCGUUCGCCGAGAUGGCGCGGCGCGUGUGGGUGUUGAACCUUCUGGCACUGUCCUUCGGCCAGCAGCUUCACAUUUUCCAGGUCAGGAAGAACUGCCGAUUCUCCGAGGUUUACAUGGAGAGCGUGAGCGAUGACGCAAUGGCCGAAAUUCCCGGCGCCGGCGUCGAUCUACGGGUGGGGUUCACUGUCAUUCCAGGGUUUAAGAUUGGGAAAACUGUAAUACAGAGUCAGGUGUAUUUGACGCCGGCGGGUAAAUCGCCGGUGAGGCGUUGA